AACUUGUGGCUGUAUAAAAAAUCCCCUGACCAUGAAAUUGGGAAAUUGCGAAAAAAAUUAUCGACUUAUUUAUUUUUAGUCGUGAUAAAAAUUUUAAAUGAUGAAUUGAACAUCAAUAAUAUUAAAAUUUGUUAUUGAUAAACAAUAAAUACACAUAUUUUUUAAACAAAUAUUUAAUAUUCAUGUGAAUUCAAAAAUCGGAUAUUUGGUGAUUGCAUAAUAUGCCCGGCUUAUUUCUGUUCUAAAUAUGAAUUAUUCUAAUAUAAAUGUAGUCAUUAGUACAUAUUUAAAAGUAGAUCGCAGUUUUAAGCAAAAGUUGUCUAAUAUUUGGUAUAAGAGCUGCGCGUUUGACGAUCGACGCCAAUUUAAAUAUAUUGCCUUGGGAUCCAGAUUCUUUCACACUUCACAUGCAAGAAGACAAGUAAAAAAAGAUGGUGUUGAAGUUCUUUUAUCUCCACAAGAAGUUACAGUAAUUCUUCGAAAAAAUGAAUACAACAAAGAUUUUCCAUACGGGUCAGUCAAGUCUUAUGACUCUAAUCAGCUAUCUUCCAAUGUCCCUAUCGAGGAUACCAGAUGUGAGGCACGGUGCAAAAUGACAUCAGGUUUUCUCAUGGGGGUAUUUGAUGGUCACGGUGGACCUGCAUGUGCGCAAGUAAUAUCUAAGCGGUUAUUUAAAUAUAUUGCUGCUGCACUACUGCCUCUACGUCUCUUGCAAAAAUAUAUUAAACAAGAUCCUCGAGAGUUGUUGAUAGAAACUUUUAAUGAUAGAGCAGAAAUUGUACAGGAUCUUAAGUCGAUAUAUGAUAACAGUUUUAAUAAAUUUUUAAACAAACUGUUAUUAACUGCCAAGGAUGAGAUUAAUAUUGAGGCAUCUUUGAAAAAUGCAAUUAUGGAAUUAGAUAGGGACUUAUCCAGAGAAGUGGUAGACCUCUACAAAGAAAAUAAUACUGUUAAUCAUAAAACUCUGUCUGUAGCGUUGUCAGGUGCUGUUGCUUGUAUGUCCUACAUAGAUGGUCCACACAUGUAUGUUGCUAAUGUUGGAGACUGCAAUGCUGUCGUAGGAACAAUGAAUGAAGAUAAUGAAUGGUUUGCUCAAAAGAUAACCAAAGAACACAAUACAGAAAAUUUUGAUGAACUAAAAAGAAUUUGGAAUGAGCAUCCCGAUGAAGAGCGUAAAACUGUUAUAAGAAGAGACAGGCUCCUGGGAGAACUAGCUCCUUUACGAAGCUUGGGUGAUUAUAGAUAUAAGUGGCCCACUGAAAUUUUGUCUGAACUGGUGGUGCCUCUUAUAGGACAGAAAGCCAUUCCUGCAAAUUAUUAUACACCACCGUAUCUAACAGCAAAGCCUGACAUAUUUUACCAUAGACUGACACCAAAGGACAAAUUCUUAAUAAUUGCCUCGGAUGGCUUGUGGGAUAUGAUGACUCCACUGCAAGCUGUUAAAUUAGUUGGCGAACAUAUGAAAGGAAAAGUGUUUUUCAAUCCCCUUAAGCUUCCUAAAAAGAAUAUUCAGCUGGGAGAUUUAAAUGAUCUUUUAAUGCACAGGAAAGAGAGUUUAAAAAGCAAACCGAAGGAUCGAAAUGCAGCCACACAUCUUAUAAGACAUGCUAUUGGAGGAACAGAGUAUGGCGUUGAUCACUCUAGACUGGCUCAUCUGUUGAGCCUGUCACCUGACGUUAGUCGCAUGUUCCGAGAUGAUAUGACUGUCACCGUAGUUUACUUUGAUUCAGAAUAUCUGAGACAGUGUCCAGCUUGAAUUUUUUUAUGUUAUUCUUAUUAUUGUGAACUAUUAUUGUGCCUUUCGACUAAACUGUGUACUCUUUGUCUUUUUGAGUAAAAAUUACAUGUCUGUAAAUUUUUAUGUUCCUAAAAAGAUGAGUGAUACGUGUACCUAUAUACUUACAUUGUUGUGACUUUAUUUAAAUUAAUUUUGUCUAUUGCAAAUGACUUAUAUAAAUUUUAAUUUAUUUAUUUUAAUUUAAUAGUUAUGUUAUAUUAUAUUAAAUUGGAUUGAAUUUUAAUUAUCACUAUGAACAAUAAUUUUAUCAGUCCUAUAUCUAAUUGUAAUUGUAGAUGUAUAAAUCACUAGUCCACCAGAUAAAUACGUAAUAUAAUUAAUUAAGAUUUGUAAUGGUUCAGUGACUUAUUUUCAUUAUUUUGUUUGUACUUAAGUGAUGGUGUGUCUUAUAGUUUGAAACAUCAAUACUGAAGGCAUUUGUAUGACGAAAUGAAGCGGAUGCGACCACGAUUAGGGAUGGUCUAUAGGCAUAAUUAUGGUCAUAUAUAUUUUGAAUGUAAGAAUGAUACAUACUUCAUGGACAUGGACCGUAGUUUGAUGGACAAUCUUGGUCGCAUUUUGUUUUAUUUCGAAUUAUAUCUUUAUCAUCUAUGUUAAUGUACAAAUUGACAAUGAAUAGUUUUUAACAUAUAAUAUUUAUAACCAUAUUAACAGUCGCUGGAAAUGGUUUUGAGUAUAUUCAGCCAAACACCAGCUCCGGCACUGGAGCAGCGUUGUGGAAUAAGUUCUAAAUCCUCUAAAAAUUAAGAGAAGCCCUUUGCUCAAUUGUGGGAUUUGGGCUAUUUACAUGCUCUUGUUACUUUUCUUAGACUGACAAACAUAAACUGAUUAUCUUUUCCUAAGCCUAACGAUAGGAACUUAUUGAAUAGAAUGCAGUAUGAUGUGAACUGACGCCUGGAAGGAGCGUUAGCAAAGCUAAUUUAAUUAUUUAAUUUUCUUUAUAUUUAUUAAUGAUACAUUUAAACCAAAU